CAUUUACUUAGAUCUUCAUCAGCGAACACACCACCAUGAGGAACUUCAGCAUUUUUUUGCUCAUUUUUGUUUUAUUUUAUUGUAUCCAUGGACAGGCCACAGUGCCAGAUUUCUGUGCCCUGCCAAAAGAUGAAGGCAUUGACUCUGGCAAGGAUGUCCAGGUCCACUUGUACUACAACAAGACUGCAGAUAAGUGCUAUCCAUUCCGUUACAAGGGAGACGGUGGUAAUCAAAACCGCUUCAAUUAUGAAUUUUACUGCAUGAGAAACUGCUCCCCCAAUGCUUAUCAACUGUAUCCUACAAACCGCACUGAAGCUUGUCGCUUGCGAAAAGCUCCAGGUGACUGUUAUGGCCAUUAUCUACGUUAUUACUACGAUGCUGCUCACAGAAAGUGCACGACGUUUGCCUGGACUGGCUGUGUAGGCAAUGGAAACCGUUUCUUGGAUUUAAAACAUUGCAAUGCCACAUGCUUUGGAAUAUUAGAUAACGAUGAAAAUAGAGAGAAUGAAGGUAGCGGUGACGUGGAAUCAGACACACCAAUUGGCAUCAUUUUGGGAGUUGUUUUAGGUGUUAUUGGAGCCAUCAUUCUCAUUGUUGUGCUUGUCCUGACAUUGAAAAAACCCAAGAAAAGCAAAAAAAGCAAAGCUAAAGAAGCCAAAGUGAAAGAAGAGCUAAAUUCUCCUGGACCUGAAAUACCCCUUCAGGGGACUGAAACGGCAUAAUGGACCUUAAAGAUGCACCCAGCGGCACCAUUAAUACCUCUCAUAACUUCAUAUCAAAUCUUCACAUCAGAACAAGACAUUUUUAGAAAAAGGGUUUAUCAAGCGGUCUUUGGUUAGUUUCUUAGCUUCCUAAAGUUGUUACCACACUAUUAAAAAACUACAAUGUCCCCCCCAGAUGGACAGGCCAUGGACUUAUGGUCUAAAGUCAAACUUUUUUCUAAGAGUGUACCAGUUGCUGAGUAUUAGGCCUUUUUGGUAAUGUUUUUAUAAUGUAAAGUGUGUGUUCAGGAUAUUCACAAAAACAUAUGCUGAAGAAUUAAGAGAGUACAGUUAAUAGUGUUGUCAUUUUGAUGGUGUGUAAAUUUGAUAUUGUUCAUUUUUAAUUUCAUAUUGUUUAAACUGUAUAAAAGCAAACAGUUCUCUCAUUAUAAUGACUUAAACUUUGUUUUAUAAAGGUUGUCAAUGGUCAACACUUUAAUAAAAAAAAAAACAUUCUGAUCCCAAUUCCAA